ACAAAAUUGCAUGAAUAAUUUCCCUAUUCAUAAGGAAUUAGUGAUCCAUCUUCACUUCCUCUCUCUCUAGAAAUGAUCUUCCGAAUCCUCAAUUCCCUCCCCGAAUCCCUCUCCUCCCCGACCUACCUCCUCAUGCUCUACGCCGUCGCUUGGACGGCCGUCCUCACGGCCGCCGUCGCGAUGGCCUCCUUCACGCCGGAGUGGGCCUUCGUCUCCGCCAUCAGCCCGCUCUCUCCGCCCUGCCGCGGCGAGGGCCUCGUCAGGCUGCCGCUCGACAUCCCAACGGAGGACUUCUGCCUCGCCUCGAGACUCUUCAGGCGCUCCGAAAUUGACAUGCUCGUGCCGCCGCUCUUCGCCGCCGUCAUCGUCGCCGGAUCCGCCUUCGCCGUCAGAGCACUCGGAUUGUGGGAGGGCGACGACGAAGAGGUGGCGCCGCUCUGAGAAUACGAUCCGAACCCACUAGGCCCCGGUAUACCUGUGAUCAACCUAAACAUCUUCCUUCUUGUGUGUGUGUGUGUGUGUCUGUGACAGAGAGAAGAGAAGAGAAGAAAAAGAGAAAUAAAGUGUAUGAGAGGUGAUGGUAUACACCAUAUAUAUAUGAAUGGAUUUUGCCUUUUUGGGUGAUUAUAGGUAUGAAUUGGGUGUGUGAGCAUUUAUUGAUUAUAAGUGAGUGACAAAUUAUUUCUAACCACUACUCACCAUAUUUACUCACUCUACAUAUGUAUCUACAUUUAAAUCUGGGAUAUAUACACUGUUUAAAUCUGUGAUAUCAAAUUAUUCAUAUGAAUUAUGUAUUUGGAAAGCUUUA